AUGGGGACCACGGAAGCCACGCUGCGGAUGGAAAAUGUGGACGUCAAGGAGGAAUGGCAGGACGACGACUUCCCCAGGCCCCUCCCAGAGGAAGCAGGAAUGGAGUCCUUGGGAAGCCCAUCGGAGAACGCCUUGGCUCCACCAAGCACCUUACAUUUUAGUAACGGGGCUCAUCACAAGCGGAAGACACUUGUCGCUCCCGAAAUCAACAUUUCUUUGGACCAGAGUGAAGGCUCACUCCUGUCGGACGAUUUCUUGGACACUCCGGAUGACCUGGAUAUCAACGUGGAUGACAUUGAGACUCCCGACGAGACGGACUCCCUGGAAUUCCUGGGGAACGGGAACGAGCUGGAAUGGGAGGAUGACACUCCCGUGGCCACAGCCAAAAACAUGCCUGGAGACAGUGCAGACUUGUUUGGGGAUGGAGGCGGGGAGGACGGUGGUGCCCCCAAUGGCCGCCUGUGGAGGACAGUCAUCAUUGGGGAGCAGGAGCACCGCAUUGACCUGCAGAUGAUCAAGCCAUACAUGAAAGUGGUGACGCAUGGAGGUUACUACGGGGAAGGUCUCAACGCGAUCAUCGUCUUCGCGGCUUGUUACUUGCCGGACAGCAGUUUGCCCGACUAUCAUUACAUCAUGGAGAACCUCUUCCUAUACGUGAUCAGUAGUUUAGAGCUGCUGGUCGCCGAGGACUACAUGAUUGUAUAUUUGAACGGCGCCACUCCGCGGAGGAGAAUGCCAGGAAUCGGCUGGUUGAAAAAGUGCUACCAAAUGAUCGACCGACGGUUACGGAAAAACCUGAAAGCGUUAAUAAUCGUUCACCCUUCCUGGUUCAUUCGGACGGUGCUGGCUAUAUCCCGGCCGUUCAUCAGUGUGAAAUUCAUCAGCAAAAUCCAGUAUGUUCAUACCUUGGAGGAACUAGCUCAUAAUAUUCCCAUGGAGCAUGUCCAGAUUCCAGACUGCAUCCUGCAGUUCGAAGAGGAGCGAAGCCAGGCCAGGAAAGAACGGGCAGAAGGAGUGAAACAGGACCCGGUUGAAAGAGAGAGGACCGCCCUUCCUUCAGAGGAUCAGGAAACAAGCAUGUCAUGAACUGAGAUGCAGAGGCAGACGGAGCUGAAGGAACACCCAGCCUGAUGUGUUACCCGCUAUAAAUUCCCUUCCUGGUGUUCAGACCUUGUAAGCUUCUCAUCUUCAGCCUGUCAGAAGAAGCAGCCCGCUGCUUCUCCAUUACCAAGGCAAAGUCAACUAGAGAUAUUCCAUUCCACAAAAGAGUUUGCAAAUGAAUAACUGUGUCCGGGAAAGGCACCGAGCACUUAAGUUUCCACCGCGUGGCAGAGAUAUUCUGCAGCGCCAAUCUACGCAACUUUGGGAUAUGAUAGCAUCUAGUCCAGAAACAGAGAUCUUGAUUUUUACAGGGAAGGCUUUUCCUGUAGUUGCUGCAGGCCAGCAUAGCAACGCCAAGGUGGAAAGCACAUAUUUCUUACCCGAUAAUUGUGAAAAGCAACGUUAGCCUCAUGCAUCGCUGCGUCAGGAAUGGCUUACGGACAAGCUUUCCUCUCCUUCAGAGGCGGUUUGUGCCGGCCUGUCCCAAAAGACACGGAAAGUCUGUCCACGUGUCGCCUCAUCAACCCUUGCAUUGGGGGGCUCGUGCCGAAAUCCCAUGCAGCAAAUGACGUGAGAGAGAAUAUUCAUCCCAAUCCUCCUUCCGAAAGAUUGUCUCUCUCGAUCCUAAAUUCCCCAGAAGUAAAGAAUAUCCUUCAACCAUCGUCACGAAGGUGAAAAUACAUGUAUGGCUUUGAUUGUUGUUAUGACACUGGACAAUCAUCCCCUCCCUCUGUAUCCAGAUGUGACAGAGGGUGCAGACAUACCCAAAUCUCCUAAAGCUGGCAAAAACGGAAAGGCAGCAAACUUAAAACAGCCGAGUUGGAAAAUGCACACAUUACGACAAGACGUAGGUUUUUCUUAAACAAGAAUGACAUUUCAGUACUGCUUUUGUUUCCAACACGACAAAUGUGAGGAACAUCCAGUGCGAAGAGGAGCUCUGCCAAAAGGGUUUAGGGAGAGAAGCGCCUGCUCAGUUAGGAGCUUAACGAUCAAGAUCAAGCAUGGACUUGAAGUGCGCAGACACGCAGAUCCUCGCUCACUUAAAGUAGGACGUGAAGACCUUCCUCUUACCUACAGCUCUUUGAAUUGUCAGUGGAGUUAAACGUCGUAGUAUCAGUCCAGUGAGCAAGUUGCUCAGCCUCGCAGUAAUCGCCGUAUGAUUCUUGCACAGCUUCUCACUGAAAUGUCAUUCCAGACCAUGAAAUUGUAAAAGAGGCCCAGGCGAAGAGAGGAAGACGAUACUUACCCUAACAGCAGAAGCCAACGAAAGGAGAUCGUGUACCAAGCACGGAAGUAGAAUCUGUAUCUCAUUAUGGGGCAAUCCUGCGUGCUGAUCCAUUCACACACAAUCAUUAAGCAUCUCAGAAAAAGUUCACAAUCUACACAUUUGAAAAGUUGCUUUUUUUCUUUUAACGUGCUGUAAAUAAACAGUAAAAUAAUUGCGGGGACAACUCAGAACUCUAAGCAGUAACUUGGACAACUUGUAAAACAGUAGAACAACUUCUGAAGUCGCUUUGGAUCGCUGCUCCGUUUAGUCAGGACGGCACCGUCUGAAAAGGACCGGCUCUCUGGGACGGUGGGGCCGGAGAAAGCAGCUUUCCUGGCUUGCUAACUGAAAUCCACAUGGUGGAAAAUCCCCGGGGUUGGAAUUUGUGCCAUGAAGCUUCACAAAGCCAGAAAGAGCGUAUCACGGCAUGUUCUGAAACCCGACACUGCAGAAACAUAAGGGGACCUGCAAUCAGCCCGCUUUUAUCAUUUUACGUGAUUUUCACCUGUCUUCUGCGUGUGCAACUUGCUCUCCAUUUACUUCUUAAAAGUAUGGAAUGGCCUUGUAAUUUCAGGGAUUUGAGAGAAGAACUGGGAAGGGUUAGACGUCUGCAACCUUCCACCCCGUUCUUCUGUAUGAAGUGAGAAGGAAAUCAAACUGGCCCAAAUGAUGUCCUCUACCACAGUCUCUAAGCAUUAGUCACGCAUAAGCAAACAUCUGAAAUCCAACAAUAAUCUAUCUGUGUGAACAAUACCGUUUUUAUUUCUCCAUUGGCACAGGAUCAUAGAGGGUUUUCUCAAAGCUCAUGCUUUUGAACAGCAAAUGCAUUGUUUCAACAUGAAAAAUAUAAUUUCAGGCCUUUGGCUGACACUUCCAAUAAAUUGAGUUUCCUUGAAGAAAUAGAACGAACACAGAGGAAACUUUUUUUCUGGGGCAUUUUUCAACGCAAGCUACAUAGGAAAAGGAGCCCCUGGUCUAAAACUGCCCUGAAGGUGGUUUAGGUAAGGACAUUUCAAGGUGGCUGUGCUUAGGGGAUGGGGAGGGCGUUCAAAUUCAGAUUGCAAUUCAAUCCAACUUGCUUUUCUGUUCCUGAGCUAUUUUUUUGCUAUCUACAAUUCUCAGAAAGUUGCAGUAGACUUCUCCAGUUAAACACCAUUUCCACUGGGGAACAAAUGGAAAAAUGUGAAAAUGUUAUAUAUGAAAGAAAACUGUUAGUAAAAGACAUGUCAUUACAGACAGAUGCCUAUGGUAUAUUAUGCACGCCAAAUGCAAGCGUUUAAAAAUUCAGAAACAGACAUGCAAAGGUGAGAGACGGAACUUGAUUAGAAAACAGAAAAGGUGAACCGGAUGGAUUUCCCAUGCAAAGCUGUGGUCGUUUGGACUCGAGCUGCAUUCGUUGCACUCGGAGAAGUGCCAAUUUAUACCACUUGUGGGUAUCAGCAGGUAAACGCCUGCAGGAACUUCAGGAACCAGAAAAGGACCUGGGAAAUCCAGAGUCACUCCACUGAGAAAGCGUAAAUCUACUUGCCUUGCUUGAGUUCGUACUCGUUGCGUUUGUAUCUGGGAUUUGAUCUAAAAGUUGAGUG